GAUAGUUCAUAGUGGAAAUAAAAGAAGCUGGUAUGUUGAAAAGGAUAUACUGAAACUGUUUUGUUUUUAAGUCGGAGACUGCUUGGAGGGGCGGGCGAGAUUGCCACUAUUUUCAGGAGCUACCAAUACCAACAACAACAACAACAACAACAACCAGUUGGUGUAGGCUGGUCCAACAGGAAAGGAUUUGGCAGGCAGCCCUUCAAACAAGCAGAGCCUCCAGUGUUUUAAGUUUGUAGAAUGUAAUGCUUGAUUCUGAAGUCUGAUCACAUCGUUCCAUGCUGGUAAGAAGUUGCUGAUAUGUGUGCAAGAUGAGCGGAUUGGGAGAAAACUCCUUGGAACCCCUGAGUUCGGACCGAAAGCGCAAGCUCUCGUCCUGCGACACGCCAGGCUUGAGCUGUGACAAACGGCGCCGGGAGCAGGAGAGCAAGUACAUUGAGGAGCUAGCAGAGCUGAUUUCAGCAAACCUGAGCGACAUCGAUAACUUCAACGUCAAACCUGACAAGUGUGCCAUUCUGAAAGAAACUGUUCGACAGAUCCGACAGAUUAAAGAGCAAGGGAAAGCCUCCUCCAACGAUGAUGUUCAGAAGGCUGACGUGUCCUCCACUGGCCAGGGGGUCAUUGACAAGGACUCCCUGGGUCCGCUCCUGCUGCAGGCGCUGGACGGCUUCUUGUUUGUAGUGAACCGGGACGGCAGCAUCGUCUUUGUGUCUGACAAUGUAACUCAGUACCUGCAGUACAAGCAGGAGGAGCUCAUCAACACCAGUGUCUACAACAUCCUGCACGAGGAGGACCGCGAGGAGUUCCACAAGAACCUGCCCAAGACUGCCGUGAAUGGCGUUUCCUGGGGCAAUGAGGCUCCCAGGCAGAAGAGUCACACGUUUAACUGUCGAAUGCUGGUGAAGUAUGGCCAUAACCCCUCAGAGGAUGGCUCUGGCAGCCCGCGAUAUGAAACCAUGCAGUGCUUUGCUCUCUCACAGCCAAAGGCCAUGUUGGAGGAAGGAGAAGACCUACAGUCUUGUAUGAUCUGUGUGGCAAGACGCAUUAGUGUGGAGAGAACUGAGAACUUUGUUACGCGCCAUGACCUGACAGGGAAGCUGAUUCAAAUAGACACCAACUCCCUCCGUGCCUCCAUGAGACCUGGCUGGGAAGACCUGUUGCGAAGGUGCAUCCAGAUGUUCAUGCACCACAGUGAGGGGCAACCAUGGUCACACAAACGCCACUACCAAGAAGCCUUCAUGCAGGGCCAUGCAGAGACCCCGCUGUACCGGUUCUCCUUAUCCGACGGUACUCCGGUAACGGCCCAAACCAAAAGUAAACUUUACCGCAACCACAUGACCAAUGAGCCCCAGUGCUUCAUAUCCAACCACCUGCUGCAAAGAGAUCAGAAUGGAUACAGAGCAAACCAGGCCCCCAUGAUGCAGGGUAUGAGGGCCCAGUCGAUGGGGAAUCCCAACCCUGUCUCAAUGAACAUCCCCGGACCGGGGAUGGGCAUGGGGGUCAACCGGGGCUAUGGCAUGAACGAGCCCAGUCCCAUGGGACAGAUGGUGAACUCCAGGUAUGGUGGCAGCAGUGGCAUGAUGCAGAUGAACCAGAUGAGCCAAGCAGGCCCAGGGAUGAUGCAACAGCAGCACCAGCAACAGCAGCAGCUGCACCAACACCAACAGCAGCAAUCUCCUUACCACGGUGGAGGAUAUGGGCUUGGGAUGAGCAGUCCAUCUCAUGGGAGCCCCAGUAUGAAUGUAUCCCAGCAAAACCUAAUGGUCUCUCCCAGAAACCGUGGGAGUCCCAAAAUGGGGGCCAGCCAGUUUUCUCCAGGAGGCAUGCACUCACCUAUGGCUCCUGGCAGCAGUGGAGGUGGCGGGGGAGGAGGAAGCAGUUUCUCCAGCAGCUCUCUCAAUGCUUUGCAGGCCAUCAGCGAGGGGGUGGGUAACAACCUUCCCUCCACUCUCUCCUCCCCGGCUCACAAGCCAGACAGCUCACCCAGCAUCAACUCUUCACAACAACAGCAUCAGAAUCAGCAGUGUAAGCCGGGUCACAUUGACUCCAAAAGCCCAGCUGGCAUGUACGGGGGCGAUCAACAACACCCCCACCAUCAUCACCAUCACAACACCCCUGGCGAGAGCACUGCCGACCGGCCAGACAGCCAGGCCAUCCUCCAUAGCACCAAGGAAGGCAGUGAGGUGGGCAGUGGCACCAUGGAAGCCCAGCGAAGGAUGCCAGACAGCAAGGGGAAUAAGAAGCUACUGCAGCUGCUGACUUCUCCUUCUGAUGAGAAGCCACUGGCAGGGGGCGGCCACACUGGCGGCACCACCCCCACCCCGCUAGACCCCACGCCCAAGGAUUCUGCAUCCUGCGUGACCAGCCCCUCCUCAUCUGGGGUCUCCUCUUCCACUGCUCAGCCCCCAGGUGGAGGCUCGUCGUCGUCGUCCAUGCUUCAGGAGAAGCACAAGAUCCUCCACAAGCUACUGCAGAACAGCAACUCACCAGACGAAGUGGCCAAGAUCACUGCCGAGGCCACGGGCAAGGAGAGCGUUAGCCACGAGGCUGGGGCGGCAGAGGUCGCUGCCGCCAGUGGAGGAGCAGACAUCAAACAGGAGCAACUGAGCCCCAAAAAGGAGAAGGCCCAUGUCCUGCUGCGCCUCCUGCUGGACAAGGAUGACUCCAAAGACUCUGCCGCCAAGGAUGUCAAGUCUAAACUGGAGGAGCUGGACGGGAAGAACCCUCAGGGUGCCUGCAGCAGCUCGGGAAUGAUGGCAUCCGUGCCAGAGAAUGGGGAGCGCAAGAUCAAGACCGAGCCCCCAGAUGAGCUGAGUCCUGACAUGGACACAUUGGAGAACAUCCUGGGAGGCCUCAGCAGCUCAAGUUUCUACCAGGAUUCAGCGGGUGGAGGAGGGGGGCGUGCCGAUGGGAUGAGCAAGCAGCAUGCUUCUCCGGAUGGGAGCGCACUUGGGUUGAGGAGCCCCGACUCAGGGCCAGGCUCCCGCGCUCCGUUCCAGCGGGCCAUGUCGAUGGACGGGAAGCCCAUGGCGGGAGCAGGGCCCGCAGGGAGGCGGAGUGCCCCCUGCUCCAUGCACAUCAAGCAGGAAAUCAUGGACCCACGAAUAAUGGGCAGCCCAGAGAACUUUCCAGGGAACAUGGGCAUGCCUAACAGGAUGAUGGGAGGCCCCCAGCGCUCUCCUAUGGGUGGAUCGGGUGAUUGGGGUUUGUCCCGGUCGAAUGCAAGCCCAGUGGGGUCUGCAGGUCACCCCUCCAUGAUCCGGCCGAGAAUGGACUAUAACACUGCAAUGGCCAAAACCAUGAUGGGCGGUCCAAUGGUCAGCAGGUCCAAUAGCAUGCCGGCGAGAGGGUCAAUGCUGCAGCAGCAGCUGAUGGACGUGGGUGACAUGAACAUGGGCAUGAGUCAUUUCAGUCAUCAGGGACCUCCCAGAUCUCCUUCCUGGCCUGACAACAUGCUGCCGAUGGAGCCCGGGCCACAGAGCGGCCAGCAGAACAGACGGCAGUUUUGCAGCCCUCUGGAUGAGUUGCUGGUGCCCCCCUCCACCAGCGAGGGUCAGAAUGACGAACGUGCCCUCCUGGACCAGCUGGACUCGCUGCUCAACAACACAGACGUCAUGACCCUGGAGGAGAUCGACCGGGCGCUGGGCAUCCCUGACCUCGUGAGCCAGGGUCAGGGUGUGGACCCACAGUCGGAGCAGUUCUCAGGACAGGACCCGGCCAUGAUGAUGGACCAGAAGCCCCCCAUGUACAGCCAGGGCUAUCCUGGGCCCCCGGGCAUGGGGAUGCCGGCUGGCUACAGCAAUGCAAUGCAGGGCCAGCCCGCAGGCUUCAACCCCAUGAUGAACCAGAUGAGCCAACAGGGCAACUUCCCCAUGUCAGGCAUGCACCCCCGAGCCGCUAUGAUGAGGCCGCGCAUGAUGAACGCACCCAAGCAACUACGCCUGCAGCUGCAGCAGAGACUGCAGGGCCAGCAGUUCAUGAACCAGAGCCGGCAGAACCUGGGGAUGAAGAUGGAGAGCCCAGUGGCGGGGGGGAGCCCUUUGCUGCGGCCCGGCAUGCAGCCCCCCAUGGGAGGACAGCCGGGGUUCCUCAAUGCUCAGAUGAUGGCUCAGCGGAACAGGGAGAUCUUGAACCACCAGCUGCGGCGCCAGAGGAUGAUGAUGCUAAUGCAGCAGCAGCAGCAGCAGCAGCAACAGCAGCAGCAGCAGCAGGCAGCAGGCGGCUUCAGCCCUCCUCCCAACAUCACCGCCCCUGGAGGCAUGGACGGCCCCAUGGGGGGCCCUCCCAUGAGCCAGGCCCCCCCACAGCAGUUCUCCUACCCAGCCAACUACGGAAUGAACCAGCAGGGGGACCCCUCGUUUGUACGCUCCGCUGCUGCCAGUCCUCCGAACCCCAUGAUGUCGGCUCGGCUGGGGCCGCCUCAGACUCCAAUGAUGCAGCAGCACCCCCCUCAGAGUGCACCCAUGUAUCAGACCGCCGACAUGAAAGGCUGGCCACAGGGAGGCAUGGCCAGGAACAGUUCAUACCCUCAGCAGCAGUUUGCCCAGCAGGGGAAUCCCGGCUCUUACAACAGCAUGAUGAUGAAUGGUGCCAUGCCGUUGAAUGGAAGUGGGGCUCACAUGGCGCAGAUGAACAUGAACCCCAUGGCAAUGGGCGGGAUGCCCAUGGGGCCAGAACAGAAAUAUUGCUGACCCCCUGGUUCAUAUACUAGUGGAGGAAUCCUAAUUCACUGUGAACGUGUGGAAAGAUGAGGGCUCUGUUUUUAAGCAGCUUGAACAUGCCCAUUCCAACUGACCGUGGUUUAACCUGAACACUGUUCCCAGUUCACCAGGCCAGAUUGUACUGGGGAGUCAAGGGAGGGCUGUUGGAUUCCCAUUAGCUGACGAGUGAUUUAAAACAAUCCCAUUUAUCUUAAGCGGACUAUGUGGUGAAAAACAAGGAGAAAUUAAUUUUACUUCAGAUAAUAAAUAAUAAAAAAUAAAAAAAAGAAUAAAAGGUUGGAUGUUUUGGGAAGUGUAUUAAAACCUUGGAAGCUAGAAAUCUUUUUUUUUGUAAAAACCGGGCCAAAAAAACUCCCACAAACCACAAUGUUGUGGGUCUCCUUUCCUAACUAGAACCCAACUCACGCAGUACCGAGAUGUGGAAAACGCUGUUUGCUUUGUUACCUGUUGGGCUUGAGUACUCUUAUUGCACUCUAUAGAAAGACUGAUUAUUUGAAAGGAUUGUUGCAAUAUAUUUCUUGUUUGUUUUAUAGUCUUAUUCAAGAGCUAAUGCACAGAGCAAAGCGAGCGUUCAUUUCUUUUAAAUUGGGGUCCAUUGUAAUUUUAAAGGUAACAUGGAAAGCAGCGAGCACAGAGAGGUGUUCUUUAUUAUGCAUAUUUAAGCAAUAAUCCGCUCAAAGCAAAGGUACUGCAGUAUUGGAUGCCACGUCAUGGGAUUUUGUUUUCUGUGAAAUGUAUAUUGUAAAUAUGAUCAGAAAUAAUGUAUUAUAUCAGCUUUUGUAGGUCAGACACAUACAUUUUUUUAUUUUUUUUUGCACAGAUUGUAAGGCUAAAUAUCUGUUUUCUGUACUUUUAAGGUAUAAACUGGUUUAACCCCCCCCCCCCCCCCCCCCCACUCAGUUUUGUUUUUAAGUUAUUAGCUUUUUUUUUUUUUAAAAGCACUUUUAUUUCUUUGAUGCAAAAUACAAAUUAAGCUAUUUAUUAUUCUGACGUGGAACAUUUUAAUAAGAAUGUCAAAAACAGACAUUCAAUACAGGUAAGAAUGGAUCUUGUGUACCCUCCUGUGUGUUGUAUUUUAUGCUUGAUGGCUUACAAACCCAACAUGUGCUGAAUUAUUCCAAGUUCCAAUAAGCUGUAAAGUGCCAAGCAUGCAAAUAUCUUACCCAUUCAGUCUUUCUAUUCUAGACAUAGUGCAAUUAUAUUGGAAUAUUGUGUAGUUAGAACAGUCGCAUUCCUGUGUUGAGGACUAGUCUGAUCUUUUUCACCUUUCUGCCAGUUUUAUUCUUUUUUUUUUUUUUUUU